AUGAGCCCCAUAACCAUCCUCCUAACCCAACCCUCCGGCGACACUUUCGCUCUCCCUCCCCCGAACACGACGAGCUACAAGCGGAUGACUCCCGUCCUCCAACCAAGCCCCGACGCGAGCCUACUGCACGCACCGCAAGUGCUAAUGGUGCGCACGCCGCGUUCCCGGCCGAAGCGGCGCGAGUCGCUACCUGCGCACGUCCCGCGUACAGACGAGGAAAGGGGGCGCACGCCCAGGACGCCCGAUACGCCGCGUGUGCCGCGAGUGUCUCGGUCGCCGCGAUCUUUCGAUCUGGCCGGUACAGAGGACAGUGGAGCGAAGCUCACGCCGCCUCCGUUGCCGCCGCAACCGCGACCCAAUGCUGAACCAAAGACGAGUGCCUACGUCUUGGACCUGGUGCUCGAUAACCUCAAGGCUACUCACGAAGCGAGUCUGGCGCGCGAAGGUGCCGAGAAGCGUGCUGCCGAGAACCACGAGCCCGCAAAACGGGAGCGGCCACGGGGCCGCCAGCGUCCCAGUGCCGUUGACGCCGGCACGUCCGCUUUAGCGACAGUCGUCGAGUGUGCACGCGACGCAGCCGGCGCUGGUGACGCGCCGUACGCGCCGACGCCUGCGACACCUAUACCGGUUAUUGGGCCCCGGCACUCGGCCUACUCGGGCUGCUCGGGCACCGGCAGUCGUUCCAAACUUUAG